AUGCAUUUGCUCUUUUCUUCAUGUGACGAGAUUCUGCCAUAUGAAGAGCGUGAGCUUAUUCUUAAAUCUUAUAAUGAGCAGCUCCUAAGACAUGGGAUGUUUGUUGAAGCGGCAGAACUUCGACUUUUAUGUGUGCCUGACUAUCCAUCUGUUUAUGAUUACGCCCAACAAGAUACUUUCAUCAAUGUGUAUUGUUUCGAAUGCAAAAAGCCUUACGAGAACCCAAUACGAGAUAACCAACGAUGCCAUCGCUGCAAUACCCCGCAGUCACUGUGCACAAUAUGCAUGAGCCGGGACCCUCCUAUGGAAUGGACUUUACAAUCUUCUGUCUCCUCUACCCCGUCUUCUACCUCAGACAAGUCUUCUCAAGAUGACAAUAACUCCACAGUUGAUAGUAACAUUCACGCCACUUACCGCCCUCACGGGAGCGCGCUCUGGGCCUGGUGCCAAGGUUGCGGCCACGGAGGACACGCAGCCUGCCAGACUACCUGGCUUAACAACAUUUCCAUCAGUGAGGGCGGUUGUGCAACACCAGGCUGUUUCCACGACUGCGGGCCAGGCCCACGACGCGAACAAAAUAUUGCUUCCCAUGCUAAAGAGCGUAAGCACGUAAGGGAUACCUUAUCUGCACGGAAAUUGGGUCGGGGUUUCGCGAAGCGGGAUUCAUGGACUGCUGGCGAAAGCAAAGCUGUGGAACGGGUCCGAGGGAUGCUAGGUAUUGCGACGGCAACUAAUACAACAGCAACGUCUUCUGCUGCCGCGGGUAUAGGACCGCCGGUAGAUUCCCCUAUAGCCGCUGAUGGUGGUGGCACAGGGCCUACUGCGAUGGUGUCCCCGAAGAAAGUUAGGUUGGUCACCCCCAUAUUCUCGCCGAACUUUUUGGCUUCUCGUCUUGCCAAAUGA